CUGCGCGGUCUCGCGGGGCAUUAUUGAGCGGCGGGCAACACGGGCAACACGGGCAACAUGGCUCUGAUCUCCUCGAUACUGGCGCUGCGGCGGGAUGCGCGCAUCCUCAAAAUCCCCCCCUACCUCUCCGCCCUGUGCAUUGUCGUCGGCAUCGCGUGGCUGCUUGUCCUGCCGCUGAACGACUACUCGCGCAACACUUACGUCUCCGAGAACGCGCUGCUGCCCGGACAGGUGCACACGUACUUCGCCGGCAGCGAGCACAAUGUCUUCCGCGCCUAUCGCCAAGAAGUCUGGGCGCUGAAUGAGCAGCCGGUCGAGGAGCGCUCCCAACGGCUGGGCGACAUCUUCCGCUCCAACAACCUCAAGGUCGCGAGCCAGAAGUACGCCUACCACGUCUCGAACCGCACCAUCGCCAACGAGAACGUGUAUGCCAUCCUCCAGGCGCCUCGCGGCGAUGCCACGGAAGCCCUUGUGCUGAUUGGCGCAUGGAAGAACAUGGCAAACGACACCAACACUUCUGGUGUCGCACUCGUCCUGACGCUGGCUCGCUACUUCAAGCGCUGGAGUCUGUGGAGCAAGGACAUCAUCUUCCUGGUGUCGGGGGACAGCACCACGGGGCCUCAAGCCUGGGUGGAUGCCUACCACGACGGCCACGACGAGCGCCAUGUCGAGAGCCUGAAGAUCAAGAGCGGAGCCUUGCAGGGCGCCGUUGCAGUCGACUACCCUGCUGGUCCUUGGGGCCACCGCUACGAUAAACUGCACGUCCUGUACGACGGCAUAAACGGCCAGCUGCCGAACCUCGACCUGUUCAACACCGCUGUCCAGAUUGCCUCGAGCCAGAUGGGCGUUGGCUGCGCCAUCCAGCGCAUGUUUGACCACCGGGACUCGUACAGAGAGCGCCUCCAGACGAUGCUGCGAGGCAUGGUGUCGCAGGGCCUAGGCCACGCAACCGGCCCUCACUCGUCUUUCAUCCCCUAUCACGUCGACGCCAUCACCCUCAGCACCGUCGGCGACGGCUGGCACGACGAGAUGUCGCUGGGCAAGACGAUCGAAUCGCUCUUCCGCAGCCUCAACAACCUCCUCGAGCACCUCCACCAGAGUUUCUUCUUCUACCUCCUCAUCCAAGCAAACCGCUUCAUCAGCAUCGGCACCUACCUUCCCUCCGCCAUGCUGAUCGCCGUCAGCUUCAGCAUAACCUCGAUCGCGCUCUGGGUCGCCAGCGGCCGCUCCGACGAGCCCAUCCCAAAUCCCGCUGCCACAACACCUCCCAAGGACGAGCCCGCCACCAAGGACGAGACCGCUGGGAAAAACGACACCGCCGCACCAUCCUCGCCGUCCAAGCAACCCGAAAUGGAGCUUGUCGAGCAGGACGGCGCCAAAGCCCUCGUCCCCGUCGCCUCGACAGCGAUAACAGAGCGUCACCUGCUCUUCCCGCUUCUCAGCGUGCUCACAAUGCACUUCCUCGGCCUGCUGCCGCUGUACUUCUUCAACACGUGGUCGUACGACACGCUCUCGGCGCUCUACCUCACAACCGCCAACGCAACGACCCUCUUCCCGCUCGUCGUCGCCUGGUUCCUCGCCGAGCUGCGCCCGCUGUCCCGCCAGGAAAACACACUCAUCCAGUGCUUCAGCCUGCUGCUGCUGGGCAUGAUCCUCGCUGCUCUCGCCACCCUCAACUUCAGCCAGUCCUUCCUGAUCGGCGUGCUCGCCGCGCCGCUGUCGUUUGUCCGCAAGACGAGCCGCACCUGGCUCACCGUCGUGCAGCUGCUGCUGCUCGCCCUCAUCAACCCGGUCAUGGUAGCGCAGUGGAGCGCGAGGCUGCUCGGUGCCGAUCUGAAUCAGGCCUUGGUCAUGGCCGCGCAGGGCUGGUUUGUCAGCGGGCUGUGGACCCAGGUCACCGUCUGGUUGGUUUGGUUCCCGGCCUGGGUCUGUGCGACGGUUGUUGUUGCCGGGGGCGCCGUCGAGGGCGGGCUCCUCUAGUCCAUCGAGUUGGUAGGCUUUGUAGAAGAAAUUAUAACGUGUAUCACUGGAAGUCGUUGC